CUCUCUCUCUCUCUCUCUCUCUCUCUCCAUCUAUCUCGUAAAACCCUAUUUAACCCCCUGAAUCCCAAUACCCCGAAAAGCCCUAACAAUGGCUUCACUUUUACUUCGAUCUCGCGUUUUAUCAUUGCUAUCGAGAAUUAAGAAACCUAAUUGUCGAUUUUUUAGUUCUAAGGCCGACAAAGAAUCGAUCAUCUCUUCUCAGUCUAUCAUCGCUGAACAAGCAGCUGAGGUGACAGCUGCUGCUGCGGAGCCGCCGGCUGAGGCUGUUGCUGCGGGUUCGCAGAGGAAAGGCUGGAGCUUUUUUAAGUUUGGGCUCAUUGCCACUCUUACUGGAGCUACUGGUUUUGCUGGCUACGCAACUUACGCAUAUACAUUGGAUGAAAUAGAGGAUAAGACAAAGGCAUUGCGACAAUCAGUCAACUACAAGGUGGGUGAAGAUGCAUCCUCCAUGGAGAAAUACCAGGGUUUGCUCUAUUCUGCUGCAAUGACAGUUCCUGCUAAAGCAGUUGAACUUUACUUGGAUACAAGGAGGGCCAUUGAAGAACAAGUUAAAGGUUUUACUGAACCAACCUCAGAUAAACUUCUACCUGAUUUGCAUCCCUCUGAGCAACAUGUUUUUACUUUGGUUUUGGAUCUUAAUGAGACAAUCAUUUAUAGUGAUUGGAAGCGUGAUAGAGGUUGGCGAACUUUCAAAAGACCUGGGGUUGAUGACUUCUUGCAACACCUUGCAAGGUUAUAUGAAAUCGUUGUGUAUUCUGAUCAGCUGAGUAUGUAUGUAGAUCCUGUUGUUGAAAGGUUGGACACCAGCCACUGCAUACGAUAUAGGCUAUCAAGGGGUGCUACGAAGUAUCAGGAUGGAAAGCAUUAUAGAGAUCUCUCGAAACUUAAUAGAGAUCCAGGUAAGAUUAUAUAUGUGAGCGCUCAUGCUUUUGAAAAUAGCCUUCAGCCAGAAAAUUGUGUCCCUAUCAAGCCUUUUCAGAUUGAUGAGAAAGGCGAGGGAUCUGUGGAUACAACACUUUUGGAUCUCAUUCCAUUUCUUGAAUAUGUUGCUCGUGCAAGUCCAGCAGAUAUCAGAAAAGUGCUAGCAUCUUAUGAAAGAGAGGAUAUUGCAAAAGAGUUUAAGGAACGGUCUAAGCAAACACAGAGGCGAAUGCAAGAACAGAGGCAGCAAGGUUUUUUCCGGCGACUGUAAGGAUCAGGCUAAUGUAGAAUAUGGUCAACGAAUCUUUAGGAGAUGAAUGUGAAGAUAUUGCUGUUGAAGCAAUGAAGUUCAUUUUGUUCUUGCCAAGAAGCAAUUUCUGGUUAAAGAUUGAUUAUAAAUUGAUGAAAUCCCUUUCUCUUCAUCAUUUAAAUGCCUGACAUGAGAUUUGUCAUUUUUGUCUCGGCUGGUAGCACCAUAAUUAUCACUCAAUUAUCUUGAACAUCGAGUAUUUUGUUUAAUCUUUUUUUCUUGUUUCUAUUUUCUAUAGCAAAAGUUUAAUUAAUAUAUAUGUCCAAUUUUCUAGUAUUGAAACAAA